UUCUUCAGCCAGCUGAUAUCGCAAUUUUGAGGAUGUGGCAACUUGAAGUCGACUUGAACGGAAAAUCAAUUCUUUGGUGCGUGCCACUAUGGAGCACAAAGAUAGACUGAAGCAAAAGAAAUAUAGUUAAAAACAAUCGCGAAACGGGAAUAAGAAAUGCCCAGCAGUCUACUGUUCGCCAGCAGCAGCGAGGGACGCGUUCACACGCUGUCGACGAGCUCAAGUGGAUGGCGCGAGUUCCCGUAUCUCGGUUUGGAGUUCAAGAAAAUCUGCGCUGUUCCCAACUAUAUGUGGGCCAUUGGUGGGGAUCGGCAGGUGUAUGUACAUGUGCAUGGACUGGAUGUGCCGAUCCGCGUCAGGGAAGAGUCAUAUGAGAACGAGCGCUGGCUGCCCAUCGAGGGAUUUUCGAAGACGCUGCUGCCCACCGACCGUUACAAGUAUUCCAAUAUGGAUGGCAGCGUCGAGAGGAGCGUGGACAAGAUACGGCUGCCUUCGAUGGCCUGGCAGUGGGACGGCGAUUGGCACUUGGACCUCGAACUGGAUGGUCAACAGUUGCCCGAAGAUGGUUGGAUGUACGCCUUGGAUUUUCCCGCGUCGUACUCCGCCAAGAAAUCAUGGAACUCGUAUGUGAGGCGACGCAAGUGGAUACGAUUUCGGCGUUAUGCGGCGCUCAACAGCUGGUGUGCCGUGGCCCCCCUCCACAAGGAUCCCACUCAGGAGCCCUUCAUCGAUGUGGCCAUUGGUGGGACCCAUGUGCCCAAUGCCCGAGCCGGCACGCUCUGUGUCUGGGCCAUAACUGCACAUGGUCGGGCCAUGUUUCGCACUGGCGUCACACAGUUCGCACCCGAGGGACUCCGUUGGACUGCCAUCAAUACACCCACAGGGAGUGAGCUCUCGCAGAUUAGCGUCGGUCCAACGGGUCUCGUCUGGGCGGUGCUCUACAAUGGACGCGUCAUCGUGCGCACUGGGAUUACCCGGGAUAAUCUGUCGGGAGAGGCGUGGCUGGAUGUGAAGCCGCCAGUGGCGACAAGUGCACAGACGGAUACGCCACGUGGAUUGCGUAUUCUGCAGAUAUCUGUGGGCACAGAUGCAGUCUGGUGUAUUACAAACGAUCAUCACGCCUGGUUUCGACGCGGCAUUAAAGGUGAUGCCGCCGGGAUAAGUGAGGAUGCCGCCAUAGGCAGAGGAUGGGUGGAAAUGGUUGGCAAUCUAUCGAUGAUAUCUGUCGCUCCCAAUGAUCAGGUGUUUGCCAUAGGAGCUGCCGACCGCGCUAUAUACUACAGAUCCGGAGUGAGUGCCGCCGAUCCUACCGGCAAGAAAUGGCUUAAGAUUCAGUGUUCCAUGCAAAUAAGCCGCUCCUCCAGUUCCUUAUCCAUAGUUUCACGUAAAAGUGGUGGCAGCAGCUCUACGCCCGGCUCCAAGCAUCAGAGUUUCUCCAAUCUCUAUUCAAAGGAGAAGGAGAAGGGUGUGGUGGAAACGUGUGCCGUCAUCGAGACAGUCGCUACCCGCAGCAGUGCCACCUUGAACAAUGGUCUCAAUAGUCGCUUGAAAAGUGAGCGCUGGAAGCUGAACGCAGAUUCCCCUCCCACAAUUGGCAGCCUCAAUCUCAACGAGAGGCAGAAGCACAGAGCCACAGCACUGAGAGAGCCGACAUCGCAUGCCUCGAGUGCUCCGGCUGCUGAGAUCGCCGUGAUCAGUGGCAAGUUUGAGACGCAGCUGAAGAAUCCGAGAGCCUGGUCACCGGUGCGUAGCGUUGGAUCUGUUGUUGGCACUGAGGCACAUCCAGAAAGUGAUUCGGCUGUUUUUGAGUCGGAAUCGGCGCAUGGAUCCGAUGCAUUCCUUGGCGAAGACGACGAUCACAAUGGCUCGCAGUUUUGGACCGAGUGUGACGUUAUGUGGAGCUGCAUAGCUACUGGAGCUGUCACUGUGGACACCAACAACAUUCCCAACUGGUUCAAUGACCAUCUAUCCAAUGAUGGCAAAGCCGAUGCGAAUCCCACUUGGCGAAACGAUAUACUCGACAAGCUGCAGCAACGUCAGCAGAUCCUGGCCAAGUUGCAGCAGGCAACGCAUUUCGAAAAGGCCGUGGAGCUAACAUCUUGGGUGAAAUCGGCGGAUGCUCGAUAUCAGCAUCCAGCUGGAGACUACGAGGACUGCCUCAUAGAGCUGGAGUGGGUGAGCGGCAAUGGAGGAAACGGCGGCAACGUCAGCGGCAGCGACAGCACUGAUAGUGACUCCGGCACGUUUACUGUCCUCAGUUCCGAUGGUGCAGCAACCAAAAUCCAGUUCACACUCUCCGACAUUACGUGUGUGCAGUGUUGCAGCGAGCCGGGAGCUCCACGUCUGGCCAUCCAUGCGCUCCAUCUGCCCGUCAACUGCAGUCCGGUCAAGCUGCAGUUUGCCAGCGAUGCGGAGAUGGAGGAUUGGCUAUCGCACCUCUCCUCCGUGUGCAGUCAAAUCAAUAUGCUGAUGGGCAAGCCGGCUAGCAAUGCCAUUUGGCUAACCAGCGAACUGGGCGAUGUCUUUGUCUUCGAUGCGGCUAACAUGAAAGCCCAACAGCUGGAAAAGACCGACGUGGGUCACAGUCAUUACGUAGAGCGCAUGGAUUUAUCUACAUGUGAGACACCUUAUUACAACACGCUCUACAACGGGAUGCCUUGUGGGAGCGAGUUGGAAAUUGCGGGAUGCGUCUAUGAUGAUGCGGAUCAGAUUCGCUUUGAUUUGCAGUGUCAUUCAAAUAUCAAGGCAUUGCCUCAUCGAGUGGAGAAAUACCGAGUAAUUGCCAUGCAUUUGAAUCCACGCUUCAAUGAGCGAACAACCGUACUUAAUUCAAUGACGGACUCGGAAUGGCUCGAGGAAAUACGCAAUGAUCAUAUGGUAUUUGCACCCGGAGCGAGCUUUACUGUGAAAAUCAGGGCUCUUCAGAACCAAUAUCAAAUAGUGGUUAAUAAUGCAGUAUAUGCCGACUACAAAUACCGCACUGAUCCGGCGGCCGUCACCUGCCUCUAUGUGAGUGGGCGUGUCAAGCUGUUCAGUGUCCUGUAUCGUUCGCCCUCGUUGAUUGUCUCCAUGCAACAGAUGCACUGGCGCCAGAUGGGCGGUCAUGUGAAGCGUGUCUAUAACAGCGGCGUCGAUGUGGUAUGGGGCAUAUCGUGCGAUAAUACGGCCUGGGCAUACAAUGGUGGCUGGGGAGGCAUGUUCCUGAAGGGGCUGGAAGGAUCGGGCAAGAUAAACACCAUGAUUGACACGCACACCUACUAUGUGUAUGAGAACCAGCGCUGGAAUCCCAUCAGUGGUUUCACUGCAAAAAGUCUGCCCACAGAUAGGCACAUGUGGAGCGAUGCAAGUGGGCGACAGAAGCGCAGCAAGGAGCAUACAAAGCUUCUGUCCACACACUGUGAAUGGAUAUCAGACUGGGCCAUCGACUACAACAUACCCGGAGGCGCUGACAAGGAGGGUUGGCAGUAUGCCAUUGACUUUCCGGCCACCUAUCAUGCCCACAAAAAACUAACCGACUGUGUGCGCCGACGACGCUGGAUGAAAAAGUGUCGCCUAAGCAGCAGUGGACCUUGGCAGGAGCUCAGUCACUCGAAGAUACUCGAUGCAGCACUCCAGGUGCUGGACGACGAUGUGGACAGUGCACACAAUGUCGAGGAUAUGCCCGUGGCCGCUUGGGCGAUUGCCUCCAAUGGCGAUGUGUUAAUAAGACAUGGCGUUACCACAUUGAAUCCUCGUGGCGACACCUGGGAGCAUAUUGUCAGCGACCAGCCUCUGAUUGGCAUUAGUGUGUCACCCACCGGCCAAGUGUGGGCGGUGGCCCGCAACGGAAUGAUCUUCUAUCGCUUUGGCAUCAACAAGCUGAAUCCCUGCGGUGACGCCUGGCAACAGGUGGAGGCGCCGCCUGGCGUCACUUUUAAGGCCAUAAGUGUUGGCCGCGCUGGUAUUUGGGCACUGGACAAUCAGCAACGGCUGGCUGUGCGCCGGGAAAUCACACGUACAUUCCCAGAGGGAUCGCAUUGGCAAUUUCUUCCAAAUGCCGCCAAUGUGCCACCUCACACUGAGACGCACUGUGGCUUUCGCUCUGUGUCUGUCGGCAAGGAAGUCUGGGCUAUAUCCCUGAAUGGCGUCAUAUGCCGACGAUGCGGCAUAACCAAAGAAAAUCCCGCCGGAGCUGGCUGGAAUCUAGGCAUCGCGGGCCAGUGGCAACAGUUGUCCGUGGAAGGAUAUAUGUAACCGUAUUACAUUCCGCUUUCAGUAUUUAUAUGUGUAUAUAACCUGUACCCAGAAAUGGGUAUAAUAAAGUUAUGUAACACUCAUUGUAUGUUGAGUCAAAAUAUAGUUACUAAUAUUUGCCUAUACAUUUUUUUCGCCAUCAUUUGAACAUAUAUAUUAUCACUAGUCAUCAGAUUUCAACUGAUAUUUAUCCUGCCGCCUAAUUUUACUUUUUAUUCAAAAUAAAUUAUUUAUGUUAUGAUACGUUUAAGCUUUUCAAUUAUUUGUUUUCAGCUUUUACAUACACGUAAUAAAACUCCAUGUCCUGACU